AUGUUUAAAACUCCAUUAGAUCACCCUCAGGAUGUAGAUGACAUCUCUUCAUCUCUUUCAAACACAACCAUCAGUGGUAGACAUAGUCUAGGGGUAGAGUCAACAAGUUCUGCUACAUCAUCAUCUUCUAAAUCUGAUAGAAGUAAAAACAACCGUUAUAAAUACGAUAGGGUAGAAACAUUAAACUUAUUGAAAUCUGCAAGUUGUCACAUGAAUAAAUCUGCUCCAACUUUCCAUUUAGGAAAUGAUGGUAUUGAAGUGGUCGAUGAAGAACUAGCUAAUGAAAAGACUUUAUCAAAUAUUGCAUCUGCAAAGGAUAUGAUUAGAAAAUUAUCUUCUUCAAAUAAUAACAUUAACAAUAAUAAUAGUGAUAAUAAUAAUAUUAACAAUAACAAUAAUAAUAGUGAUACUAUGUCAGAACCUAGUAUUAAAUCAAGUAAGAGUCAUUAUGAAUUUGCAUCAACUGCUUAUGGUGUUAGAAUGUUAAGUAAAGAUAUUUCUAAUGCUAGAGUGAAUUUAAAUGUUGAAAAUUUGAUUCUAGUAACAAAAUUAAACGAUAUUUCAUUGGUGUUUUUAACAAGAGAAUUGGUGGAAUGGUUAUUAAAGACUUAUCCAACUAUGACAGUCUAUGUUGAGGACGUCUUUAAAUCCUCAGAAAGAUUUGCAGCUACAGAAUUAUGUAUGGAUUCUAAAUGUAAACAAUCAAGAAUCAAAUAUUGGAAUGCAGAGUUUGUUAAACAACAUGAUAUUUUCUUUGAUCUUUGUAUCACAUUAGGUGGUGACGGUACGGUAUUGUUUGUCUCUUCAUUAUUUCAAAAACAUGUACCACCAACGAUAUCAUUCUCAUUAGGUUCUUUAGGAUUUUUAACAAACUUUGAUUUUGAAGACUUUAAAUCAGAAUUACCCGUUGUGUUAAAGGAUAAAGUACGGACAAAUUUAAGAAUGAGAUUACAAUGUAAAGUAUAUCGUAGACAUGAACCAGAAAUAGAUCCAGUGACAGGGAAGAAGAUUUGUUACGUGGAGUUCGUCAGUGAACAUCAUAUAUUGAAUGAAAUUACAAUUGAUAGAGGUCCAAGUCCAUUCUUGUCAAUGUUAGAGUUAUAUGGUGAUGGUUCACUAUUAACAGUAGCUCAAGCAGAUGGUCUAAUUGUUGCAACACCAACAGGUUCCACAGCAUAUUCAUUGAGUGCAGGUGGGUCUCUUGUAUACCCAACGGUUAAUGCAAUCUCAGUGACUCCAAUCUGUCCUCACACUUUGAGUUUUAGACCUAUUAUAUUACCAGAAAGUAUGACUUUGAAGAUUAAAGUGUCUCCAAAAGCUCGUGGUGGUGCUUGGGUUGCGUUUGAUGGUAAGAGUAGAGUCGAAUUACAAAGAGGUGAUUUCAUUACUAUAUCAUCUAGUCCAUAUGUGUUCCCAACUGUUGAGGCCUCCUCAACAGAAUUUAUUGAUAGUAUCAGUAGAUCUUUGAAUUGGAACAUUAGAGAAGAACAAAAAUCAUUCACUCAUAUGUUAUCUACAAAGAAUAGAGAAAAAUUCAAUAACGAAUUAAUCAAUCGUAGUGAUAGUAGUGAAGAAGAAUUAAUAGUUGAGAAGAGGCUUACACCAAAAUUAAAAGAUAAUACUAUUAAUAUGGGUGGUACACUUUACCCUAAUCAUAAUAUGAACGAUAACAACGGCGGUGACGAUGACGACGAUGACGAGAGUGUAGCUGCAGAUGAAAUUAGGGUAAUACGAAAGAACUCUAUAGCAGGUGAAGGUAUCCAGGAUCUUGAUGAUGCUAACGAUAAUUAUAUUGGCUCAGCGAUUCCAUUGUAA